UUUUUUCUUUUUUUUUCUUUUUUCUUUUUUUGAUUGAUAUACCUAAACUUGAAAAACAUAUUAGAUAACAUGACUGAAACAUUGGAACGCUCUCAAGAUCUUGAAUCUCUCUGUUAUCUUGAAACCAUGUUUCAAGAACAUGGUUUUGAUGAUGGUUAUCGCGAUGGGGAAAAGUCGGGUGAACUUGAAGGACGUAUUUUCGGUUGUGAAAAAGCAUACGAAUUAGGACGUGAAAUUGGUUUUUAUUCUGGAUGUAUUGAUACUUGGACUGAAUUGGCUACUCUUCAUCCUGAUAAGAUUAAUCCUAGAGCUCUUCGACAUAUGGAAACCUUACGCACCAUGAUAUCUGACUUUCCAACUACUAAUAGUCCAGACGCUGAUAUGUAUGCCUUACGUGACAAAAUGAAAAACAAAAUGCGUGUGAUCACUUCUUUGCUUAACGUUCAACAAAAAUAUAUCAUGACGGAACCUCCCAAGAUGACCUAUUGAAAUUAUCUCCUUUCCCUGCUUCUAUCUUGGUGGAUCAGCACCACACUACUGCGUCCUUUUUUUUUAUUUAUCCAAUAUACUCACAUUUACUCUUGUUUAACAACUCAAGUGUCCAAAAAAGUACAAGUUGUGCCUUUGGUUAUGAAAUGCGUGUAUCAAAUGGUGAUUGGAUGUCAAUAUUGUGUGGAUAGUUAGUAGUUCGUAUCUAUGAUAGGUUUUAGUGCAUUUUCUUUUUUUCAUAUCUUUUUUUUUAAAUAAAUUUUGGUAAAUUCAUGCUUUAGAUUGUAAAGGACCUGUGGCUUUUUGUGGUGACUUUUUUUUUCCCGCUUCAAAUAAUAUUUCACCUCAG